GUCCAAGCUAUGUGCCAUGGAUGGCUCUGGGGUGUUCGGACGAGUCUUUGACAGCCUACACCAAAUGACGAGCGGAAGCGCAGUCUCCUGGGACACUCAUGCUUUCGCUGCAGCUGCCGCUACUGCACUCGUAGUUGUCACCGUUUGGUAUUUGCUGCAGAAGAAGAGGACAUUCAGCGACUCCAGGAAGCACAUACACCAACGUUCGGCGCGAGCCAUGAAAAACGCGCCACCCGUUUUCCCGAACGGAUGGAUCCCUGUUGUAGAGUCUGCGCAGCUUCAGACGGGUGAAGUAAAGGCUCUCAACGUCAUUGGCCUGGAGCUGGUCGCAUUCCGCACCGAGGACGGCAUUGCGCAUGUUAUGGAUGCUUACUGCCCACAUCUGGGAGCCCACUUGGGGGUAAUGGGCCGCGUGGUAGGAGACUGCAUAGAGUGCCCGUUCCACGGUUGGAGAUUCCAGGGAGAGACUGGAGUUUGCACGCACGUCCCAUACGCCGUCAAAGUUCCAGACUUCGUGAAGGCCGCUAAAUGGGAGUCGCGCGAAGUCCUCGGCCUGGUGUUCGUGUGGUACCACGCAGACGGUGCGGCUCCUUCCUGGCAGCUGCCUUACGUAUCCGAGGUCGAGAAGGGCCUCUGGAAGCAAGAGCACCGCUUCGAGCACACAGUCGAGGCGCACAUUCAGGACAUCGCUGAGAAUGGCGCCGACAUUGGUCAUUUUAACCAAAUUCAUCGCGCCUCGUGCUUCCUUACCAGCGAACAGUUCCAGCAAACACUGGGGGACACCUGGUGGGGCCGCUUGGUCAACCACUCCUGGCAGCUCUGGUUACAACGUAGAAUUGACUUCGCGCAGGCUACCUGGACUCCCCAAGAUCACACGGCUUCGGUGGACGUCGCAGCCUGUGUGUCAGUACUUGGAGCCUGCCCCGAGUUCCUCAAGCAUCGUGUUCAUGUGCUCCAAGUGGGGCCCGCUCUGGUGCUGGUGCGCAUGCAUAGCCGCCACGGCGAUUGCCUCAUCGUCCAGUCGCUGACACCACUGGCACCCUUCCGAGUGCAUCUUGUCCAUCGAUUCUACCCUGAGCCCAAACUGCCUUGGAUCAUCCGGCGUCUGAACGUCCUGGGCUUCAGGCAUAUGGUGUGGUUCCAUCCCAAUAGAGUGUUAUAGCCUGUUCCAAUAGAC